AUGCUGUCUCGCAAUCUUGCUGGUCGAGUACCAGCUCGGGUGCGACCAGUGCAGACAUCAAGGUACCCUGCACUUCACUCAUUCCGACCAUUUACCCACCGUACUCGACUGCAAAUAUCCUCGCCGUCAGGUCGUCCGCAGCUACAAUUCCUCUCACCACAACCACUCUCACGACCUAUCCCACCACUUUCAAUUCACCUGCGCAAGCAUUUCGGCCGCUUAGUAUCAACGACUAGUCGCGAACAUUACAAGAAACGCUUCGGCUCUACCGUGAAAACAACACUCACGCUAUCCGCCGUCUUCUUCCUCUUCUCAAUCAUCAAGCUCGGCAUAUACCAAGAAGACAUCGAGCACAAAUGGCCAUCACCGCCAGAAUGGUCCUGGAAGUCUCGCUGGUGUCUCCGCUCCGCACAGGCCCUGCAACACCCUGAAUACACAAACCGCCUCUUGACCGAUUGGCCCAUGGUAGCAGGCUACCUCAAGGAACUCAUCGAACGACUGGAGAACGUAGAAGGCGAAGGCGCCGGUAUCUUCGAGCAAGGAGACGGAGGAUUCCUCGUUGAGGGCGUCGGUCUAACAGGCCUCGACAUCUCUGCCAAAAGCGAGCCCUGGCGCCGUGGCUACUUCCAGGCUCUUCUCGGCGCUGCAAAGGCCGCCGAGAACCUGGAGGGCUGGUUAACGGAUAAGAAGCAGCGUGUCUCUGCUCCAGCGGAACACGUUAUCGGACCUUCAAACCCGCGCCCUAAACCCAUGCCCGCGGCUGCAAACUACGUUAUCCACGAGGAGGAUUGUGAAGUCGCGUCUCCGCCACCAGAGAAGUUCUACAUGAAGAUCCUGACGACAAACGGCUUCGACACGAACCAGAAGGUCGAGGCCGCACUCGCCUACGCCGACUGGCUCGAUUACAAGGGCCUCGGCAUGACAGCAGGCGACAUGUACAUCUGGGCACUAGACAUAGCCGCAGGCGGAAUCCCAGGCGACGCCGACACCCUCGUCGACCUGAAAACAGGCAUAUUGAAGAACACCAGCCCCUCACCACCAUCGGAAAACCUAAUGCGCGUCUCAACCGCACUAGCCGUUCACAACGCCCGCCAGGGCGACCUCCCAACCGCCCUAUCUCUCUUCACAUCCGUCCUCAAAGCCUGGCGCAGUCUCCCGCUAGUCCAAGACUCGCAAUUCAUGGCACCACCACCACAGGGCUUCAACCCGCUCGCCCCGGCAUUCAAACUCUUCGCAACACUCUUCAUCCCGGCAGAAUACCCGCCAGCCUCCCCAACAGGCAACGACCCGCCAACCCGCACAACAGGCUCAGCCUGCCACGAAGCAGCCCUAAUGACCUACAUCGGGGAAAUCCUCUACGCAUCCUCAAGUCGCGAGCACGGGCUAGCCUGGACGCGCGACUCGGUCGAAAUGGCCGAGUCAACCCUCGCAACCCUGCACAAUUCGCCCGAUCUGGCCUCCCGCGGCCGCUGCGCGCAGUGUUUGAAGGUCGGGCUGGAGAACUGGCGGACCAUGGUCUCAGCGCUGGUGGAGAGUGCGCGCGAGGAGCAGGUUGAGAGCCUGGCUUCGGCGAAGAAGGCUUGGUAUGGUGGCGCUGAUCAGGCGAAGGUGAAGGCCGAGCAGUUGAGGAGGUGGGAGGCUGAACGGGAUAUCCUUCAGCAUCGGAUUGAGGAGGUUUUCCCGCUGCUUGAUGGGGAGGGCGGGCUUGAUACGCUUGCUGGUGGUGGCUCUGGGCUUUUUGUGUAA